AAGUUGCGCAGUGUUUGGGCAUAAAGUCGUAAGAAUAAGAAGAAUAUAAUCAAACUCCAAAACAACACUGCUGCUGCCGCUGCUUGCUAGGGAAUUGUCGUCUAGCUUAGCAACUACAAAGUAAGAAACAUUCGGCAACGGAAAUCCCAACCCAUACAUCAUUUUCAUUUUCAUUUUCAUUUCCAUUCUCAACACACUCUCUUGUGAUUUCAUUCAUUAACAAUCCAAACCCCCUUUUCCCAAUUACUACUCUUUUUUUUCUCUGUAACAGGGAUUCAUGUGAUCAUGGAUUUAAAACCAAAGAGGAGGAAUGGUGAUGCUGGGGAGGAUUUGGUUCAUGCAAAUGAGGAUGAUGUUGGUCCUCUUGUCAGGCAUGCCUUUCAAAUGGGGCAGCCAGAGGGGCUCCUUCGCCAGAUGAGUUUCGUGGUUAAGGAAAAGGAAGCUGAAAUCGAGGAGAUGUGCAAAAUCCACUACGAGGAGUUCAUCCUUGCAGUUGAUGAGCUUCGAGGUGUGUUGUUUGAUGCUGAAGAUCUAAAGAGUCAACUCCAUAGUGACAAUUUUAAGUUACAGCAGGUUGGAAGUGCCCUUCUUGUCAAGCUUGAAGACCUCCUCGAGUGUUAUUAUGUUAAGAAGAAUGUGGCUGAAGCUGUGAAAAUGUCGAACAACUGUGUGCAGGUGUUAGAGCUUUGUGUCAAAUGUAACAAUCAAAUUUCUGAAGGCCAGUUUUAUUCUGCAUUGAAAACUUUGGAUUUGCUUGUCAAAAGUUACCUGCAGAAUAUUCCUCUUAAGGCUCUCAAAAUGGUCAUAGAGAGGAGAAUUCCUGUAAUAAAAUUGCACAUUGAGAAGAAUAUUUGUGGCCAAGUUAACGAAUGGAUGGUUCAGAUAAGGAGUUUGGCUAGAAAUAUUGGGCAAACAGCAAUUGGCCGUACUGCAACAGUUCGCCAAAGGGAUGAGGAAAUGCUAGAACAGCAGAGAAAGUCUGAGGAGCUAUGUAUUUCAGGAGUAGGGAAUCUAGCUUACACUUUGGAUUCCGAACAAUUUGACGAAGAUUCUGUUAUCAAGUUUGAUCUCACACCUCUUUAUCGUGCUUGUCAUAUUCAUGAUUUUCUAGGAUUCCGAGAGAAGUUUCGUGAAUACUACUAUACUAAUAGAUUGUUACAAUUGAAUUCAGACCUUGAAAUAUCCUCAGCACAACCUUUUGUUGAAUCAUACCAAACAUUUUUUGCUCAAAUUGCUGGAUUCUUUAUAGUCGAGGAUAGAGUCCUCAGAACUGCUGGGUUUCUCCUGUUAGGCGAUCAAGUUGAAACAAUGUGGGAGACGGCUGUUGCUAAAAUGACCUAUUUGUUAGAAGAGCAGUUCUCCUGUAUGGAGUCAGUCACACAUCUUCUCCUGGUUAAGGAUUAUGUCACUCUGUUUGGGUCUACUCUUAGACAAUAUGGCCAUGACAUAAGCACACUUCUUGAUGUGCUUGAUAGCAGUAAUGACAAGUACCACCAGCUUCUCUUGGAAGAAUGCCGGCAACAAACUGUUGAUGUUCUUGGUAAUGACUCAUAUGACCAAAUGUUGAUAAAAAAAGAAUCUGACUAUGAGAAUGUUAUUCUUUCAUUUAAUCUUCAAACAUCAGAUAUUAUGCCUGCUUUUCCAUAUCUUGCGCCAUUCUCCUCCAUGGUACCAGAUGUUUGUUGCAUUGUGAGAUCCUUUAUCAAAGGCUCUGUUGAUUACUUGUCUCAUGGUAUGCAUAUGAAUAUCUUCGAUGUUGUGAAGAAGUAUUUGGACAAGUUCCUGAUUGACGUAUUAAAUGCAAUAUUACUCGAUACAAUCAAUAGUGGCAACAUUGGUGUACCUCAAGUCAUGCAGAUUGCGGCAAACAUAGCUGUCCUUGAAAGAGCCUGUGAUUAUUUCCUUCGAAAUGCAGCCCAACUAUGCGGCAUCCCAUGCCGACCAAUUGAAAAGCCUCAAGCAGCUUUAUGUGCAAAGGUGGUGUUAAGGACGUCCAGGGACGCGGCUUAUGCUGCCCUACUAAGCAUGGUAAACAAAGAAAUAGACAAGUUUAUGACUCUUACUGUCGGUGUUAAUUGGACUCCUGAGGAGACAAAUCAGAAUGGAAAUGACUACAUACAUGAAGUUGUCAUUUACCUUCAUUCCAUUCUGACCCCAGCACAAAAUUUUUUACCCCUGGAUGCCAUGUACAAAGUAGGCAGUGGUGUUUUUGAACAUAUUUCGAAUGCCAUUGUGGAUGCUUUUGCUAGCGAUAGCGUCAAAAGGUUUAAUGCAAAUGCAGUUAUAAAUAUCGAAUAUGAUCUUCAGAUCAUAGAGAAUUUUGCUGAUGAAAGGUUCUAUUUGGCUGGUCUUGGUGAAAUUUACAAUGAGGGUAGUUUUAAGAGUUCCUUGGUAGAAGCAAGACAAUUGAUUAAUCUUCUGCUUAGUAGUCAAGCUGAGAACUUCAUGAAUCCUGUUAUAAGAGAGAAAAGUUACUAUGCAUUGGAUUACAAGAAGGUUUCUGCCAUAUGUGAUAAAUUCAAGGAUUCACCUGAUGGGAUAUUCGGAAGCCUUUCUAAUAAAAAUGCUAAGCAAAGUGCUCGAAAGAAAUCAAUGGAUGUGCUAAAAAAGCGACUUAAGGAUUUCAGUUGACAAAACUCGAAAUAUUCGUUCAGUGGAAAUAGGGUAUAAUUGAGGUGCUCUUCUUCUUCUAUUAUGGAUGUUUAACUUCAGAAUGAGUAGUGUUUCUAUAAUGUUCAGGCUUGUUUAGAACUAAAAAUUUCUUUGGUAAUGUAGUUUCAUUUGAAUGAAUUAAAACAAUGCCUCAUCAUUGCACACAAUCAAAUGUUCAUUAUCUCCUCCCCCCAGAUUAAAGUACUUUUGUGAUUUAUUAUCUUCAUUUGACUUUAUUGUUUCUGAACCAUUCAGCUGCUGGAGUGAAUGUGUUGAUGGAUUUGGUAUGAAUACAUAAACGAAUCUAGGUCAUGAUACUCCAGUUUAUUUGCAGCUUGUUUCAUUCGAAUGUCCUUUCACACUUUUGUUUCUA